UAUCUGCAAUCAUCCAAACUCCAAUUCUUCCCUCCCACCUCACCCCAAAAGGUACGUUCUUUAUCCCAUUUUCUCUUCUUCCAUUGCAUUGCCAUAGGAUAACUCACUCAAGUUUACCAUUCCUUCGAUCACAAUCUCGGCCUGAUUUUGCUCUGCAUUUUUCAUAUGAUUCAAUGAGUUAAGCAGGGCAUUUCUUGAGAGGCCACUGAACUGAACUUCAUGGCCUCUUUCAAGCUCACAAUAUCACUGGAAAAUCCUUCAUAUGAAAAACACAAGUUGACAGUGUAUUCUGUCCGAAUUGUUGAUCCCUUUUCGAUUUCCUUGUUUCCUGGAUGCUUGCAUAUAUCUGGAUCAUGUGUAAGCAAGCCCUUUUGCAAGGUGCAGCCCAUUAAGGUUUCUCAGAUGGAUACUGAGGUUUUGGAUACUUGUGAUUCAAAUUUGGUUGAUGAUUUGGUUUUCGAGUCAAAUGAUGAUGUGGAUUCCGAGAGUGUAGAUUCUAGCAGAGGGAAUUUUGAUGGGAAUUUUAGGAAGGGUGGGUUUAAUGUUUGGAAAAGAUUUAGGGGUGUAAAGAGAGUGAAGAAAGAUUCAAACUUGAGGUCAAAUUUGUGGAAGGGGGUUAAUAAGGCGAAAGGUGGAGAGAAGGCUAUGAAAACUGACAGGAAAGAUAUUAUGGAUCGCAGUUUAUCGGAUAAUAAACUGGCAUUGGAUUUUGAUAUUGGUAAUUUGGAGUGUGAUUUGAGCUUGAAGCGUUGUAAUGGAAUCUUGAAGCAGCUGGAAAAUAGUAGUAGUGACAGUAAAGCUUUGAGUUUUUUUGAGUGGAUGAGAGAAAAUGGGAAGUUGAAGAAGAAUUUGACAGCGUAUAAUUUAAUUUUUAGAGUGCUAGGGAGGAGAGAGGACUGGGAUGUGGCAGAGGACAUGAUUAGAGAGAUUGCUGAUUCAGGGUGUGAGAUCGAAUAUCAAAUUUUUAACACUCUGAUUUAUGCUUGUUACAAGCGGGGGCUUGUGGAUUUGGGAGCAAAGUGGUUUAACAGGAUGUUGGAACAUGCGGUCAGGCCUAAUAUUGCUACUUUUGGAAUGCUUAUGAGUCUUUAUCAGAAGGGUUGGAGAGUUGAGGAGGCAGAGUUUGCGUUUUCUAAGAUGAGGGAGCUUAAUAUUGUAUGUCACUCAGCAUACUCAGCUAUGAUCACUAUAUACACACGCAUGGGCUUGUAUGAUAAGGCAGAAGAUGUUAUUUCACUCUUGAGAGCAGAUAAAGUAACCUUAAAUCUGGAGAAUUGGUUGGUUAUGCUUAAUGCUUACAGCCAACAAGGCAAGCUAGAUGAGGCUGAGAGGGUCUUGCUUUCUAUGCAGAAUGCUGGUUUUACUCCAAACAUCAUUGCUUACAACACACUAAUUACUGGUUACGGGAAAGUUUCAAACAUGAAUGCUGCAGAGCGUUUGUUUCAUGACCUUGAAAAUGUCGGGUUGAAGCCCGAUGAAACGACUUACAGGUCCAUGAUUGAAGGAUGGGGGAGGACAAAUAAUUACAAGGAAGCCAAGCGGUUCUAUAUGGAACUUAAAAGGUUGGAACUUAUGCCGAACUCAUCAAAUUUGUUCACAAUGAUAAACUUGCAGGCUAAACAUCAAGAUGAAGAGGGCAUCCUGAGAACUAUCGAUGACAUGAUGAUGAUUGGUUGCCAGAAGUCCUCUGUCCUUGGUAUAGUUUUGCAAGCUUAUGAGAAGGCUGAAAGAAUCGCAAAAGUGCCUCAUAUUCUAAAAGGUUCUCUCUAUGACCACAUUCUGCAAAAUCAGACAUGUUGCUCAAUUCUGGUCAUGGCUUAUGUAAAAAACUGCUUGAUAAGUGAAGCUUUGAAAGUGCUAAAGGAGAAGCAGUGGCAGGAUUCUCUAUCUGAGGACAACCUGUACCAUUUGCUUAUCUGUUCUUGCAAAGAAUUGGGUCAUCUAGAGAAUGCCAAAAAGAUCUUUGCUUUCAUGCCCAAAUCUGAUGACAAGCCUAACUUGCACAUAAUCUGUACAAUGAUAGACAUUUUCAGCACAAUGAGUCAAUUCAGUGAAGCUGAAAGCCUUUAUAUCAAGAUAAAAAAAUCAGGCAUUUCCUUGGACAUGAUAACUUUCAGUGUUGUAGUCAGAAUGUAUGUGAAAUCUGGCUGUUUAGAGAAGGCAUGCAUAGUUCUCGAUGCAAUGGACAAACAGACGAACAUUGUUCCAGAUGUUUAUCUGCUUAGAGAUAUGUUCCGAAUUUAUCAACAGUGUGGUAUGCUCGAUAAAUUGCAAGGUCUUUACUACAAAACCUUGAAAAGUGGAAUCAUAUGGGAUCAGGAAUUGUACAACUGUGUGUUAAACUGCUGUGCUCGUGCUUUGCCAGUUGAUGAACUCUCAAAAGUUCUUGAUGAGAUGCUUCGACAUGGGUUUGCUCCUAAUACUGUCACUUUUAAUGUGAUGCUUGAUGUUUAUGGAAAAUCUGGGCUUUUCAAGAGGGCAAGGAAAGUAUUUUGGCUGGCUAAAAAGCGAGGUCUAAUUGAUGCUAUCUCUUACAAUACAAUGAUAGCUGCAUAUGGGCAGCAUAAGGACUUGAAGAAUAUGUCAUCUACUGUGAAAAAAAUGCAAUUUAAUGGCUUUUCAGUUUCCCUUGAAGCCUAUAACUGUAUGUUGGAUGCCUAUGGGAAAGAAGGUGAAAUGGAGAAAUUCAGAAAUGUCUUGCAGAGAAUGAAGGAAUCUAGCUGUGUUUCAGAUUCCUACACAUACAAUAUAAUGAUUAAUAUAUAUGGAGAGCAAGGAUGGAUUGAAGAAGUGUCUGGCAUUCUGAUGGAACUGAAACAAUUUGCACUUGGGCUUGAUUUAUGCGGUUAUAACACAUUAAUAAAAGCAUAUGGAAUUGCAGGAAUGGUUGAAGAGGCUGUUGCUUUGGUUAAAGAGAUGAGAGAAAAUGGUAUAAAACCUGACCUAAUAACCUAUUAUAAUCUGAUCAAUGCACUGCAAAAGAACGAUAUGUUUCUAGAAGCUGUCAAGUGGUCCUUGUGGAUGAAGCAGACAGGACUAUCUAAUUAAGGAGGCAAAUGGACACUACUCACUGUGGUUGCUCUAUCUCUUCUCUUAUUCUCUUCUGCUAAGAAAACCUAAGCUGUGAUAUAACACUGAAAUUUGUUGUAAGUAGGCAUGCCAUAUACACAUUUUCUUCGUACCAUAUGUAGUUUUUUUUUUA